AUGACUCAGGCCCACAGCAAGGUGAUUGCCAUGCCCACACUUGCAGUUCUGCUAUGCGGUGGUGUAUCCUUCGUGACUCCCGGCAGCUUGCAGAGCUCCAUGUCCCGCACCCCAACUACAUCCACCCAAACCUCUCAGAUGGAAGGGCCUGGGCUUAGUGUUGCAGGACUCGCAUCUUGUGGUGCGUUGGCAUUGGCGGCGGCUGUGGGUCUCCGAUCCCGGCGUGCUGAUCGUGUGGCAAGGAACUACACCAGCUUCAAGCGUGUGGACUAUGCAGAUUAUGAAUACACCAACGACGUUGGCUACCUUCCCGAUGGCACGCCCAUGAAUAGGGCCGGCAAUGCCAUCAAUCAUCCUGAGCAAAUCCCAGCAGAUCCUCACGCACCUGGAUCUCCGCUGCCCCGCGCAAACUACCUCAACUCUGUUGGAUACCUCCCGGAUGGCACUGCCAUGAAUGCUGCUGGCAAUGCUCUCAAUCACCCUGAGACCAUGACCGCUGAUACUCAUGCACCGGGCAGCCCCUUGCCAGUCUCAGCCUACCAAGCUGACAUCGGCUACUUCGUGGAUGGCACUGCCUUGGAUGCUGCUGGCAAUGCACUCAAUCACUCGGGGUCCGCCCCGACCAGCAUGCCAACUGUGGCAUCUCCAUCUCCUGCAGCACCCCCAGCCUUUACUGGCUCGUCCUCUCCAGUGGCCGCUUCCGUUCGCCAUCCCGGGGGCUUUGCUUAUUCCCUGCAGAAGGAUGCCUAUGCGGAUCUUAGCUAUUUCAACGAUGUUGGCUACCUUCCGGAUGGCACACCCCUGAACAGAGCAGGAAAUGCCAUCAAUCACCCUGAGCAAAUUCAAGCUGACCCUCAUGCUCCUGGCUCUCCUUUGCCCCGGGCAAUUUUUGCGAAUGAUGUGGGCUACCUUCCAGAUGGCACUCCUAUGAAUCAGGCAGGCAAUGCCAUCAACCAUCCAGGCUCCAUCCAGCCAGAUCCUCAUUCUCCCGGUUCUGCGCUGCCUGCGUCAGCAUACUCUGCCGAUGUUGGAUAUUUGGUGGAUGGCACCCCCAUGGAUGCCGCCGGCAACAACUCCGUCCAUGGUUGA